AUGUUUGAAAAUUGUUCUGUAACUUGCGGAAAAGGAGUAAAGACUCGUCUAACUUUCUGUCAGUAUGACGAUGGUAGUCUGACUAUAGACUCUGAUUGUGAGGAAGAGAAGAGACCACCAACUCAACGAGAAUGUAGGAAACCAGCCUGUGCUAAAUGGAGAUCAGGAGAAUGGGGAGAGUGUUCUGUGACUUGUGGGCGGGGCAUCCAGGAAAGGGAGGUUGCAUGUUUUAGUAACAACAUAGAAGUGAAUUCAAGCCUCUGCCCAAGGGAGCUGCCAAGAACCAGUAAGGGGUGCAGAAGAUCCACCUGCUCAAGCUAUAGGUGGAAGAAGGGGCGAUGGUCCCAGUGCAAUGAGACUUGUGGAGGAGGUGUGAAGUUGAGAGAAGUAUGGUGUCAAGAUAAUAAAGGAAAAAGGGCUUCUGAUGAAUAUUGUGCGGCAACCCGAAAGAAACCCACUCACAAGAGGAAGUGCAAUAUUGAACCUUGCAUUCCAAAAUACAGUCCAGGUGCAUUCUGGGUAGCAGGAUUAUGGGGAGAGUGUACAAGAACAUGUGGUGCUGGAGAGCAGAGUCGAGAGAUCACAUGUCAGAUGCUGAGCGGAGACGGUUGGCGUAUCCCAGCAGACCUCAGUGCAUGUAACCCGGCAACCAAGCCAGAAUCAACAAGAAGAUGUAACAUGGGAACAUGCUUUGGCGAUGUCCAUUGGAAAAUUGGAGAAUGGACAGCGUGUUCUAAGUCGUGUGGAGAUGGUGUACAGCGUCGUAAGGUCCAGUGCCAGGCUCGUCAUGGUAAGGUCAUGCCAGAUCGUUUCUGCCGCCAUCCUGCCAUCAAACCUGAACCAGAGAGGAUAUGUAAUACUAGACCAUGUCCACCAACAAGUUGUAAAGAUUUACAAGAAAUCCAGAAGAUUGAUGAAGAUGGGGACUAUUCCAUGUUAAUACAGGGUAGAUUGCUGCAUAUAUUCUGUCAUGGGAUGGCAGGGAGUAAUCCAGCCGAAUAUCUUACACUUCCAGCUUCAGAAGCUGAAAAUUAUUCUGAAAUUUAUCCAAAAAGGUUAUUAAAUCCCAUCCAUUGUCCCAACAAUGGGGCAAGAAAUGACAACUGUGACUGUACAAGCUAUGGACAUCGGUAUCCAGGGCUUACAUCAUUCAACAAAAUUAGAAUAAAUGUUACAACAUUAGAAGUUAUAACUGAUGAUCCAACAUUUGCCACAGUGCAUCAUGGUCAUUUUAUACCAUACGCUACGGCAGGGGACUGCUUUAGUGCCGUCCCCUGCCCCCAGGGCCGCUUUCAUGUGAGCCUAAAUGGGACAGGGCUUGUGGUGGCGCCAGACGUAGACUGGUCAACAGAUGGCCACUCAGUAUCAAGACAAAUAUCAAGAGAUGCUCUUAAUCAAAGAGUUAGUGGUAUCUGUGGUGGAUAUUGUGGAAGAUGUUUUCCAGACAGGGGAGAAGGAAGAUUAUUACCUCUAACAUUCCAAUCAUGACUCAGGGACAUGUAGAUUAUUCCAAUUUCUGUACAUGGUGUAAAUACUAUUUUUAUUAUUUAUCACAAGAUGUAUUAUAGUAAACCAGAGAUAAUUUAUAUUUUAUAUUCAGCACUUUGAUAUAAGAGACAGAAACUCAAUAUUUUUGUGGAAGAUGUGGGCAUUGGGGUAAGGAGAAAAGGGAUUAUUAAAAUGGUGGGAUGGGAUGUAUAGAGAGGCUUUUAUUGGCCAACUACCGUGGCGGGCUAACCUUGGUAUAUGGACCAACGCUGGACUUUCUUGCAGGAUCUUCUGAAUCUCAACAAAAAAAUGCUGCAACUGUAACUGUGUUUUGCUGUUGUGUUAAACCUUGUUCAGAUGUAAUGUGCCGGGCUCAGGAACGUUUUUUUUUGUAGCGUUCACUUAUGGUGGGACUAAUUGCCCCAUUUAUGCUUAUAAUUGUGCUUAUUAUCACUGAUAUGCUUCAUGUCUCAGAAUGGUCCAUUAUUGUGGGAAUAAACUCAAGACAUAAGGAUUUUAUUAUAAUGUUAUUUCUCAAGUCAUAUGUUAUAAUACUUUCAUUAUUACUUUACGAUUCAUGCCUUUUUUCAUGCAUCUCUUGAAAUGUUUUUCUUGCUUACUUAUAAGAAAAUCUGAUUUGUUUGCAAUUUUUACCCACCUUGUAACAAAAAUAAUGUAUUUUGCCCCUGCAAGACAUUUGCUGUUGACUUUGUAUACAAGAUGUUGCUGAGCUCUGCCACAUCAUGUCUGAACAAGCUUUUAUUAAGACUACCUGAAACUGUGAACUUAUAGCUUAAUAUGCAAGGCAUGUUUUAUACUUUUCUGACUCUUUUAUAACAUUUUAUGUAGCCCAAGAUUAGGAAUGUGCAUUAACAUGUACCUCAACUCACUUGUACGUUUUUGAAUAUUUUUAUCAAUAAUAAUGGAAUCUAUUUGAAUUUUGCUAUUUUUCCAUUUUUAUACAAGUGGUUUAGACUCUUGCAAACUAGGACUUAAUUUAUUUCAUGUACAUUAUCCUAUGUUUGGAUUGUUAUUUUUAUGUCCUUUGUAGAAGAGGAAAGUUUUUCUAAGCUAGUUAUGUCAACUAGGAUGUUUUAAUAUUCUACAAAGCCAUUACAUCAAAGUCUACCUCUGUAUAGUUCAUACAGAUGCAAAACAUUUUCAAUAUCGUGAUUUGAAUAUAAAGGUAAGUUGGUAGUAUACCAUGGGCUGUUAAUUUCUCAUUUGUAUUCCAUAUUUCUUCUGGUGUCCAAUUGAAGGUCAAGAAAAAAAAAGUUGAUUUUGAAUACUUGACAUAGUUUGUUACUUCAUAAUGUUUGAGGGAAAUGAUGAAAAUUUCAAUCUGCAUGUUUUGUUUUUAUAACCUUUGAGGUCAUUAAUGAUAUCAAUUUUGCAAAAUUUUAUUCAAAAUAUGUUAAAAUGCACAAAGAAAUCACUAUUACUAUGCAAAUGCACCACCCAUAAAGAACUGCCCUAGUUUGAUACCUCAUUUAAUGUCACAAAUGCAAAGAUGCUGCUUUUUAACUUGAUGUGUAUGCAGUAUAUGUUUGUGUCUGCGGUAUAUAUUCAACUCAGGAUGCUUUUUAAUAACUACUGAAGAAAUCUCAAUUUGGCAGAAGAGGGUCUAUAUUCAAUAAGAUCCAAGCACUGAUUCAAAAUGAUGUUCUGUUUUAAUGGCAGACGUUUAGUACAUGUGUGUUUGUGUGUGCACGUAGUAGUGAUCUGACAAACAUUUGUAUUUACAUUGUAUUUUCGAUAGUAGUUCAGAGGUGAUGGUAGAUGAAAAUGGUAGAAUAUAUGCAGGGUUUUUAGAUGCUUUCUUGCCUUUGCAGUUAUUAAAUGUAUGUUGUGUCCCCUACUCUAAUGUUUAAAAGUAUAUCAUACCCUCUGCUUUAUAUUGCUGAUUUUAUCAUUAUUUUUUUAAACUUUUAACUUAGUUUUCAUCCAUUGUGACAACAAAUGUUAUGAUGCAAAUGUAUUUUUUAAUGAUAUGGAAUUUGAAGGGAUCAUACUUCUUAUAUGAUGUUGAAAAUAUUAUUGGAAUUAUUCUUUUUAAUGCUCUAUGACCUUGUCAAUUAUUUACAUGUGAUAUUGAGACAUUCUUGUAUUAAAUACCUAUGUUACUCUCAAUAUUUACAUACUGUACAUGUUUCAUUUAGGGUUACAAGGGAAUGCUUAUAUGCAAGAUAAAACUGAAAGAACUCUUGGGUCUUAUGCCGAGUGUUCUCUGUUCAAUGGUGUUUAAAAUUAAAUUUGGGUGUAGUUCAAAGCUUCUUGUAAGUUCCAUACAACUGGUGACUUGUAUUCGAGUGCCAAAUCAUUGAUAUAAAUACAUGGAUUAGAAUUCUCAAUUUUUACAAGCAUCUGAACAGAAAUUUCAAUAUUUUGCCAAGUUUGGUUUAGGUAAUAAGUGACAUUAUGUUAAAACGUAAUAUUUGGGGGUAUCUCAUCAAGCACAGAAAAAGGGUCAGCAGAUGUGCAUAAAGUCAUGUAUAACUUUGUGCAUAACUUAUGAACAGCUUUAUGAAAAGCCCCCCUAGUACAUGGAGAUCUAUGCAUUUCUUGCUAAGCAUUAAGUAAUGAUUCAAAACAUUCAAUUUAUUAGCAUGUACCUAGAUUUUAACAUAAAUGCAUAGUAUUGUCUUUAAGCUGUUAUAUGAGAAAUGUGUUGUAUUUUGUCAAGAAACCUCAUGGUAGUUAAGGGUGUCUGUGUAUUAUUUAUUUUUGUUAUAAUGUUUGAAUUUUCACCCAAAUGCUUGCAAUGUGGUGGAAAGCGAGGGGAAAAGAUUAUUUUUAAUACAUGUUAUGUCAAAUGGUGCUGCUCAUUCGAUGCAAGUACAAACUUAAAGUAUGGUACUUGAAUCUUCUGUGUGAUGUACAUAUGUAUAUUCAUUAACUUAAAAAAAAACAGUAUUCUCUAGAGCUAUGCAAUGUUAUACAGGAGUUAUUAUUAUGCUCCCAAGUUCGUAAAAGAUGCUUGUCACUUUUAUAGAAGUCUUUUUCAUCAUUAUUUAUAAUCAUUCUGCCAUCUCUUUUCUAUAAAAAAAACUGGUACACAAUCCCUUUGCAGGGCGUUGCAUAAAAAUGGGAUAGCUGAUAGGUAUAUUUUUAGCCAUUAUGUUUCAUAUUUGGAUCUUUUGUAUAACAAUGAACAUUACAUUUCUCCAAAUACUUGUUAUACAGUGUGUAUCAAUAAAAAGGAAACUUAUAUUUUCCUUAUUGUUUUUUAGAAGAUUGAUAAUCAUAUAACAUAUUUUAUCUGAAAGUAUGACUUAUUAUCAUUCCCAAAAUAGCUGAUUUAAGGUUUCUAUGAUCAAGCAUCACUGAACACCACUACUCUUAAAAAAAAAAACUUUCACUGAACAGAGAUAAGGCAAAUUGUGAAUUCUUCCAACAAGAUUUAGUUUUAUGCAUUAAAUUCAUUCAAUAUGAUAAAAUAAUAUUCUUAGUAAAACAAAUAAAAUGAGACAUUAAAAAGUGCCAAGAUUUUUAAUGUUUUAUUUCUUUCAUUUUCACAUUGUUCAUUGUGUCCACUGUGCUGAGCAUGCAAGUGAACCAAGUGCAUUUUUGCAAAAUAUUUUCAAAGCAAUGGUGUUCAAUGUGGUCCUAGAUUACCAACAAGUAUCAUUUUAUUGCCCAUAAGACGUAAUUUAAGGACAUAUGGUAUUUGUUGGUACUGAUUACAUUUUCUUAGGAAAAAAAAAUAUAGGUUAGGUUUCCUUUUUUCUGAUACACCCUGUAUAUGUCUAUUAAAAUUCAAUGAUCAGACACAAAAUCUAGGAACUAUAAACCUGAGAUCAUGUCAAAAGAUUUACAAUCAUGGUAACUUUGCUAUUAUAUGCAUGGUAGAUACCAUGGGAAUCAUUAUUUUGUUUAGUCACUAUAAAAGCCAUGUUCCUAUGGUAGUUUUUGUUGAUUUAUCUUUGAUAUUGAAUUAAAAAAACCAAACAAUUAUGAUACUUAUCAUGAAUGCUUUACCCAACAGGUAAAGCCAAGUUAAGCAAAUGAUUAAGAAAAAAAUAGCAAUAACUAUUCCUGUCAGCUCAUUAUAAAAUGUAAUCAUAGAUAGCACAAACUUUGUGAUCAAUUAUUCUUCUCAACUUUAUACGAGAGACAUAUGAGGCAUUGUCAAUGUUAUUAUAUCUUUAUUCACUCAACAUAAUAUGUGUAGAUCAUUAAGAAUGUUUUCAUGUCUAUGGUGCUUUUACCUGUAUAUUAUUUUAACCAUUAUAUCAGAAGUUUGCUUCUGCCAAUAUAUGCAUUAAAUUCUCUUUCAUACUGAGAUUAUUUCAUGCUGAUUCUUAAAGCCAACUUGCAAUUUUUGUUUAUCUGUGUUUCUUAAAACUUUGCAUGUGCAACGCAAUCAAUGUUGGGAUAUUUGUUAAAAGAAGAAAUUAUCUGACAAACUUAUUGCCAAAGAUCACAGACUGUCAAACCAGUCGAUGGUAAAUUCUUGAAUUUUCUUGGAUAUGAUAUGAAGUUGUUAAGGAAACCAAUCAUGUUGACAAAAUCUAUAUUAAAAAUUGAAAGUCAAGAAUUAGAGAUUCCAAACAACUAUGUUAAUUUCAAUCAUGUAGACGAAAUUCAUACCCCAGUGGUUGGUUUCAUCAAAUUUGAAAGUUACAAGAUAAUAAAAUGAUGGAAUGUUAUUGACGGAAAGAAAAUGAUACUGUGUGAUAUUGGAUCCUGGGCCCCGUGUCACGAUUUGCAAUGAACUGAAAGUUUCAAAUGAUGAUUCUGGUUGGGGAAUAGAAGGUAUAUUAUAGAACAGAUGCAUUUUCAAAUAGAAAUGGCCAUUAAUAUUUGUAUGCUUGACUGAUCUUUUGUGGGAAAGACCUUCAGAUUAUUUUCUUCAUUUUUACUGAUGGUGCCAUACAAGGCCCAUGCAACAGGGUAGUUGAUGCAGUGCACAGCAAAUGAAGGAAACAGUCCAAGACGACAAUAAAGUGGAAUUUCAUGAACAAUUUGUCCAAAAAUGUGAGCCGAAUAUCAGAUGAUCUCAUAGAUUUUAUAAUUCCAUUGGUUUUUACCAGGGAAUGUACGACCUACUCUGGUGCUUCUAUGUCUCUUUGCUGCAUAUUUAGCUGUAAGGCUUAAACUACUGUGAUAGUAUUUUGUAAUCGUCAAUGCACUAUCUUGAGGGCAUAGGGUUUUUAGUGGAGUGCAUGGCGAAUGAUAUUGCCAUUUUCCAUAUGUGAAUAUCUCUUGUAUCUGUCAAAAUAUUUUUCAUUUGCUCACAAGAUUACAUUCAAAAGCUGCAGUCAUGGAGAUCUUUCAGUGUUCAAGUACUUAAUCCAGUUAGAUCAACAUUGAUUCUAGUCGCACUUCAUUUUGGAAACAAAUUCACCAACUGAAUGAAGCAUGAAAUUUGUCUUAGAACCAUCAAUAUAUGAAUCCACAUAGAGCCAUUGUUGCAAUGUUUGAAAAUAUGGAAGGAAGAAAAUAUUAAGCAAAACUUACAUACACUGGCAAUGUAUCCCAGGUCUAUCUUUAUACAUGUACAUGCUGCAAAAGACUGAUGCCUCAAGCUUACAGUGUAUUUCAUAUGUUAUUUCAUUCAUUUACUGUCAGAGAAUGUGUGAUCUGUAUAUAGUCCUAAAUAAGAGAAAUAAAAUGAA